AUGCUUUUCUUACUGAACAAGCGUCACCAGGCCUUUCAAUCAUCACGUCCAACAAAAUCAUUAGCACAUAAAAUAUGUUUUGUUUUUAGUAGUCAAGGUCCUCAACGGUGGGCUAUGGGUAGACAAUUAUAUGAAAGUGAACCUUUAUUUAAUAAAUGGAUUAAUUUAAUUGAUGAAGAAAUGACAAAAAUUAAUAAGGAAUCUCGUAUUAAUGAUACAAAUAUUGCUCAACCAACAUUAUUUGCUGUACAAGUUGCAUUAUCAGUAUUACUUGUUUCAUGGAAUAUAUAUCCAUCAUCUAUAAUAUCACACAGUGCUGGUGAUCAAGCAGCUGCUUUUGUUGCUGGUCGUUUAAGUUUAAAAGAAACUGUUCGUAUUGAACAUUUAGCUUGUAUUGCUGUUGUUAAUAGUCCUCGCUCAGUAACAAUAAGUGGUGAUGAAAAAACAAUUGAUGAAAUACAACAAAUACUUUCAGUCUCUUAUCCAAAUGUAUUUAAAGAACAUAUUCGACGAUUUCCAAUACAAGAUCAAAAACAAAUAUUUAAUCCUAUAUGUACACAAGCAAAACUUUAUUUAAGUAUUAUUGGCGAGCAAAUGAAUGAUAAUAUAUCAGUUGAUAGUCAAAUUAUUAGUUAUAUAUCUAUUCGUGAAUGUUGUGAAUUAACAAAUCAACAACAAUCAUCACCACCACUUAUUCUUCCAACAUUAAAACGAAAAGAAAAUGAACAAAUAACAUUACUUACUAGUUUAGCACAACUUACAACAUUAUCUCAAUAUGAAUCAAAAGAUUCAUCUAUACAACGUUUACCUAAUCGUACUCAAACUCAUUCAUUACUUGGUAUUCGUCAAUUAAAUGAACAAACAAGUGCAACAUGGAAAAGUCUUAUUAAUAUUAAUUUACCACAACAUUCUUUUUUAAAAGAUUAUAAAAUUCAAGAUGUAAUUUUUUUCCCGGCUGUUGCUUAUCUUGAACUUGCAACAACUGCUUGUCAUCAAUUACUUUCAUCAAAAGAAGAUGAUCAACAACAACUAACACUUAUUUUUGAAGACGUAAACUUUAUUAAAGCACUUAUUCUUAGUGAACAUGAAUUGAUGGAAGUAUUUAUACAAAUAAUUAUGCCAAUGCGUGAAUGGUAUAUUAUAUUUUGUAAUCAAGAUAAUCUUAAUAAAUAUUCAUUAAAUGAAUUUACUUUACAUGCACAAGAUAUACGAAGUGCUUAUGCACAUCUUCCAGCACGUGCUUAUCCAUAUGCAUCUAGUUUUCAAAAAAUAAAAACAUUACAUGGUACUUCAACUACAAUUAUAUCUCAAUUAUCAAAUGAUAAUAAUAAUUGUUCAUCUUAUUAUUUACUUCAUCCAUAUCUAGUUAUAUUACCAGGUGUUGAAACGACAUUUCUUCCAGUACGUAUUCAAAAAUUUAUUUAUUCAAGUAAAACAAAAGCAAAGAUGAAUCAGUCAACAAAUAUUGAAGUACGUGGAAUCUAUCAUGAUAAUAUAUGUGGUAUAGAUCAAGAAGAAAUAUAUAAUCUUAAUUUAUGGACAUUUCCAAUGGAUAAUAAAAUCGAAGAACCAAUAUUUACAUUUGAAGGUGCUGUUAUUCAACAAGUUCAAGGUGCACAUUCUGGUCGAUGGUCAAUGGAACAAACAAUUUAUGAUAAAUUAAAUCUAACAACUGAUUUACCUAAUGCUGAUCAUAAAUCAUAUUUAAAUACAAUCCUAAAAGAUAAUCAAGAUUUAAUUGAAUCGAUCGAACCAUUUAAUGAAUUAACUACUUAUUAUGCUCAAAUGGUAAUUAAAGAUCUUGAUUUAAAUCAACAACAUCAUCCAUCAUUAAAUGCAUGUCAUUCUCUUGCUUCAACUCCAUUUUUAAUAAUAUUAAACAAAUAUGGUUCACAUUUAAAAGAUAUUCUUAGUGGGGAAAAAAAUGGAUUAGAUAUAUUUUUUGGUGAUGACGAAAUUGAACAAAGUUUUCAACAAACUAAAACUCUUAUCAGGGCAACUAAAAUACAACAAGUUUUUCAUACUAUUUGUCAAUAUUUAAAAUUACAAUAUGAAAAACAAACUAAAGACAAUUCAUUUGAAAAUUAUCGAUUACGUAUAUUUUGGUUAACUGAUAGUUUAUUAAUUGAUUUAUAUUAUGCAGAUUCUGAUCCAACACAACUUGCAAAUGCUCAACAAACAUUUAAUACACAUCUAACUAAUCAAACAAAAAAAUUAUCUAUUAUUUAUGAUGAAACAAUUGAUUUAUAUGAUAGUAAAACAUUUGAAAAAAUACGAAUAGAACCAUUUGAUAUUAUAUUUUCUGCAAAUCAACUUCAAGGAAAUCAACAUUUAAUCAAUUCUUUAGUUGAUCUUCGUCGUUUACUUGUUCCUAAUGGUCUUCUUUUAUUACUUGAAUUAGUUCAUGUUCUUCUUUAUUUUGAUCUUAUUUUUUGUUUUAAUGAUCAAUGGUGGUCAUCAUCUGAUGAUGAUAAUAAUCGUGCAUUAAAUAAUAUUCAACAAUGGGUGAUAUUAUUAAAACAAAUCGAAGGAUUUCAUAUUAUUGAAUCAACAUUAAAUCGAAAUGAAAAUACUAUUUGUUCUGCAAUAUCAGUUCUAUUAACUACUUAUAAACAAGUAUCUAUUAUAUUUGCAUGGCAACUUGAUCAAGUAGCACUUAAUGAAAAUAAUGAUGAUGAUUUAGCAUUCAAACAAAAUGAAGAACUUAUAUAUCAUGCUCAAUUUAAUAAUGAUUCGAAUCUUAAUAUAAUUGCAUCACCAUUUAUUGGCCUUGCACGAAGUUUAAUAACUGAAUAUGAACCACAUCGAUUAAAACUUAUUGAUCUUCAAACAUCAUUAAAUAAUAAUAAUAAUCAAUCAAUAUUUAUUCAUACUUUAAUAGAAUAUAUGAUUAAUUCAAGAUAUUCAAGUGAUACUUGUGAAGUUGUUCUUCGUCUUAAUCAUACAAAUCAAAAUCAAGUUCAACAUUUAACAUGGCAUUAUGAAAUGUUACAAAAUAAUAAUGAACAAAAGAAAUGUAAAUUCAAACAAAUUUCUAUUAUUCCUAAACGAGAUGCUGUUCAAAAAUCAUUUUGUAUUUGUGUACCACAAUCACGUUUUCUUUCUGAAUUAACAUGGAUUGAAGAAGAUAGUGAAGAAGAACUAUUACCAUCAGAUAUGGUAGACUGA